AUGGCGCCCCGAAAUAUCCGCUCGGCCAAUCCUGCCGAGCAUCAAAACUCGUUUAGCCGAUCCUUUACAUCCAGCUCGCCUAUUGCUGCUUCAGCAAUCGCACGGGACCUUGCAAACUACAGUGAAGAGGAUCAAACACCCACUGAUGAAGCUUCCGACAUCUCAACAGCACGCCCGCCCGCCAGUUAUACCAGCACCAACCCCCGCUCUUUAGCUGGUUCCUAUCGUCGGCCUAGCUGUGUCACGUCUGUGAGCCACGGAACUAUAAUUCCAUGGGCGGGAGACCAGCAAUCGCUGUCUCAAAGCGAGCGCGAGCAAGUCAUUGAAGAGGAACGCCACUUACUGAGCGAUAACCAUGUUAUCCCGCCUGAGCAUGCACAUGGCAAGUCCCACAGUCUCCAACGUAAGAUGAGUGGUAUGCUUUCUGCUGCCAUUGGUCAAGGCCUCUCAUCUCGACGGCCAAGUGCUUCUUCCCGGCGCUCUAGAAGCAGAGACCCGGAGACAGACGCGGCAAGUGAAACCACUGCUCUACUUGGGGAGGGUCCUGCCGACACUGCAGGCAGUGAAAUGGACUUGGAGGAGAUUGACCGAAGAUGGGUCGAAGCCGUUGCAGCAGGCCUAAUUCACACGACUUGGCAGCGUGAAGCCAAGGUUAUCAUGAAAUACUCUUUGCCUCUCAUGGUCACUUUCUUACUGCAGUAUUCCUUGACCGUGGCUAGUAUCUUUACAAUUGGUCAUCUGGGCAAGGAAGAGCUUGGAGCCGUCAGUCUCGCCAGUAUGACCGUAACUAUUACCGGAAAUGCUGUGUACUCGGGCCUGGCGACCAGUUUGGAUACACUUUGUGCCCAGGCAUACGGCUCUGGAAAGAGAAAGCUGGUGGGUCUGCAGAUGCUACGUAUGGUGUAUUUUCUGUGGACCAUUACCAUACCAAUCAUGGUUACCUGGUACUUUUCGGAGCAUAUCCUUGCCAAGAUUGUCCCGGAGAAGGAGGUCGCUGAGAUGGCGGGCCUGUAUUUGAAGAUUGCUCUUUUGGGAACCCCAGCGUUUGCUUGCUUUGAGAGCGGAAAGCGAUACCUGCAGGCUCAGGGUGUGUUUUCUGCGUCCCUGUAUGUUUUGCUUUUCUGCGCGCCACUGAAUGCGUUUCUCAAUUGGUUCCUCGUCUGGAAACUUCAAUGGGGCUUCAUUGGAGCUCCGAUUGCCGUCGUGAUCACAGAGAAUCUCCUCCCACUCUGCUUGUUCAUCUAUGUAUAUUUCUUUGUGGGAUCCGAGUGUUGGUGCGGAUUUACCACACGAGCAUUCCAGAACUGGGGUCCGAUGAUCCGUCUCGCACUCCCAGGGUUGAUCAUGGUCGAGGCGGAAUGUCUGGCUUUCGAGAUUCUGACGUUGGCAUCAAGCUAUUUCGGCACCUCGGCACUCGCAGCGCAGUCCAUUCUAGCCACCAUCUCCAGCAUCACAUGGCAAAUCCCAUUCCCCCUCUCUAUCGCAGGUAGCACGCGGAUCGCCAAUCUCAUCGGCGCUACCUUGGUCGAUGCCGCAAAGACCUCCGCAAAAGUGAGCUUCUGUGGAGCGGCAAUCGUCGGCAUGUUUAACAUGGUCCUUCUUUCAACUUUGCGGUCAUAUGUACCCAGGCUAUUUAGCUCUGACCCCGAAGUUGUUGAAAUUGUGGCGCAGGUCCUUCCAAUCUGUGCGGCUUUCCAGCUAUUUGAUGCUCUUGCAGCCAACUGCAACGGAAUUCUCCGUGGGCUGGGUCGUCAGGAGGUGGGCGGAUACAUCCAGCUUUUCUGUUACUAUGUGGUCGCUCUGCCCCUUAGCAUAGGCACUGCAUUUGGUUUGAACUGGGGCGUGAUGGGCUUGUGGACUGGUGUUGCCCCUGGGCUUUGCCUAGUUUCCCUCAUCGAGGCCAUUUUCAUUAGCCGGGCUAACUGGAACCGCUCUGUCGAGGAAGCUCUGGAGAGGAAUGAGUUAACGUGA